GAAUAUUCUUCCUUUAUCGAGGUAAAGUCAUCCACAUUAACACACCACUGUUAUAUUUUACAGAUAUGGGACAACCACCUUCCAAACCAGUCCCACGUCAACCCCCACCCCCACCCCCACCCCCCACGCCCAUCCACACCCCCACCUUCUCCUCUUUUCAGUGAGCCAUGGAGGACUCUGCCGACGAGCACUCAGGACAAUCUCAACUUUCUGAAAUCUUACCAACCUCGAAAGAAAGGAGUCAAACAUCUCAGGAUUCUGCUUCAUGGACCGGUUGGUGCCGGCAAGUCCAGUUUCAUAAACUCUGUUGACAGUGUUUUGAGAGGCAUUGUUACAAGUCGAGCUGAGACGGAUGCUAACACCGGGAGCAGCUUUACCCUAAAGUACCAAACAUACAAAAUUCAAAAAGAUGAUCAGAGCUUCUAUUCUAUUGUUUUCAAUGACAUCAUGGGCUUGGAGGCAAACCUCAACAAUGGAGUCCAGGUGGAAGAUAUCAAACUGGCCCUGCGGGGACAUGUGAGAGAGGGUUACAAGUUCAAACCUAAUGGCUCACUGACAAAGAAUGACCCGGGCUACAAAUCCUACCCCUCUCUGGAUGACAAAGUCCACGUGCUGGUCUGUGUGGUUCCUGUCGACUCAAUCUCUCUGUUAGAUGACAAAGUCGUGCAGAAGUUAAGAGAAGUCAGACUAGCUGCCAGUGAUCUGGGAAUUCCCCAACUGGCCAUCCUCACCAAAGUUGAUCGGGCCUGUCCUGAGGUUGAAUCAAAUAUUCACAACUUGCACAAGAGCAAGUACCUGAAGGGACAGGUGGAACAAUUCAGUGCAAUGCUGGGAAUUCCCAUCAAGUCCAUCUUCCUGGUGAAGAACUACGAGUCAGAAAUCAACACGUAUGACGACAUCAACGGGCCGAUUCUGACCGCACUGAGACAGAUGGUCACCUUCGGAGAAGACUACCUGGUUACCUGUGUCCAUUCUGUGGACAAUUCAAAACUUAUUUUACUGAUAUUUUUGUCAUUUUUGGUGCUAUUGUUUUCAUAUUUAAUACUGCUGUGAAUUUUUACUUAACUUUUAUAAUUUGAACAAUUUCAGUUAUAAAAGGCCUAUAAUGUUCUGUAGAACAAAAAACACUUAUGACCCUCGUCCACUUUUUAGACAUAUCUAAACCCAUUAUAAUCACGAUUUUUGAACCUAUGGCCAUUGCAGCAUAGAAACAUCAUUUUUGUUAUUAUAGGCAAUCAAUCUGUAGACCAGACUUCAAAUUUGUAGAUUUUACAAUUUUUUUUAUCAUAUUGUGCCAUUAUUCAAUUUUAGCAACCAGCACAAAUACAUGCAAUUUUCCUGGUAAGCACUAGGGACAGUGUUGAAGCUUCUACAAACCAUAAGAAUAAAUGAGUUCAACUAAAAUGA